UCUGUUGAGAAAAUGGCCAGGACCAAGCAGACAGCGCGCAAAUCGACCGGAGGGAAAGCUCCCCGCAAACAGCUGGCUACCAAAGCGGCCCGGAAGAGCGCUCCAGCCACGGGCGGAGUGAAGAAGCCUCAUCGCUACAGACCCGGCACUGUGGCUCUGAGGGAGAUCCGCCGCUACCAGAAAUCCACCGAGCUGCUCAUCCGCAAACUGCCCUUCCAGCGCCUGGUGCGAGAGAUCGCUCAGGACUUCAAGACAGACCUGCGCUUCCAGAGCUCUGCCGUCAUGGCCCUGCAGGAGGCCAGCGAGGCUUACCUGGUGGGGCUCUUUGAGGACACCAACCUGUGCGCCAUCCACGCCAAGCGAGUCACCAUCAUGCCCAAAGACAUCCAGCUGGCCCGCCGCAUCCGCGGGGAACGCGCCUAAAACCCGGCUUCAGCACCAAGUACAACAACGGCUCUUUUAAG